CAUGCGGUGGGCGGAGCCUGGGAAGUGUUUUGCUGCUCUCCACAGUGCUUCCGGUACACUGUAACCCACAGGUAGUGGCUGCGCUUAGCUGCACUGUACCGGCUCCCGCGGUGAAGACGGGAGGUAUGAAUAAGUGCGAGGCACAGCCUGACGUGUCAUGGACUCCGGUAUGGCGGGAGUGCAGAAUGUCACUGUGUCACCGUUAAAGGAGGACAAGGGGACGUUCCCGGAGCCUGUGGAGCAGGUGCCCAGCACUGUGACAGAUGCCGGGGCUGCAGGAGGCGAAGGGGGGGGUGAGGCCGCUUCAGGUGAAGAUGUGCCCGCGGUUACCCACCAGCCUUGCACUGCAGACGGGGAUGGGAUGGCGAAGGUACCCGGGGUACACUCACCUGCCGGCAAAGGUGCUGCUCCCACCAUGUCGCUGCUGAAAAUGGAGGAGAAGUUUUCCUCAGGCCAGUACCUCGCCAUUGGGGACUUUGUUUCGGACUUCAAAACUAUGCUUGAGGGAUGCUACCAGCUCCACGGCGCUGACCACUGGCUGUCCAAGCAAGCCCAGAAACUGGAGCUGAUGCUGGAGCAGAAGCUGUCCGUGCUGUCCAGGAACAUGAGAGAUAAAACAUCUACAAUGGCAACCUCUAAGAGCUGUGAAAGACCUGAGGAAGAUGUAGGAUGUACUUCAACUAGACGGAGAUCUUCAGCAAGAAAUUUGGCCAACAUAAACAAUGGGGCUAUGCAGUCUGUAAUGAUGCAAGUCUUAAAGCAGGCAGAGUUUUUAAGAGCAAAGGAAGAAAAGAGAAUUAAGGAACUAGAGAAGAAAGAAGCAGAAGAAGCCAACCAGAAGGAAAUGGAAAAGUGGGAUAGUGGUCUCUUGGCUCUUGCAGCACCUUCAUCAAUGACUACAAUGUGGGAAAUACCAGCCAUAGGUCAUUUUCUUUGCUUAGCUCAGCAAAUUUUGAACCUGCCUGAAAUAGUGUUUUAUGAAUUGGAGCGCUGUUUAUUGAUGCCUCAGUGUAAUGUAUUCCUGGCAAAGAUAAUGACUUCAUUAUUGAGUCCUCCACAUCGCAGACCAACUUUACAUCGGCGCCCUUACCUCCCAUACAAAGCCUGGGAAGCUGCACUUAGGCAAAAGGUUCAACAGUGGUAUACAGUUGUAAGUCAAGCUGAGAAUCCUGACCGAUGUGCUGAGAAGCUUGGGCUUUGCUCUCAGUUUUUUAAAGUCCUAGGUGAAGUCAAUCCACUUGAACAAAAAACAUUUCAUGAGUUAACAUUUUACCAAAAAGUUUGGUUAUUAAAAGGUCUUUGUGACUUUGUCUAUGAAACACAAAGUGAAGUGCAAGAUGCUGUUCUUGGACAACCAAUUCAUGAAUGUAGAGAGGUGAUUCUAGGUUAUGAUUCCCAGGAAAAUGCAUACAUUCACUUUCCCCAGUUUUGCGGUGCAGAUGUACGUGUGUACAAACAGAGACCCUUUAAAGCCCCUGAAUUUCCUAUGCCAUCAAUUAAAAUUAAAAGAAAUUCACGGGCGAAACUGCGUAGGUGCAAAUACUCUAAAAAAAGGAAUGGAGUUUAUAACAAUGUUAAAAAAGUGACACCUUCAAACUAUUCAACUAAUCCAGAGUACUUUGACUUGAAGGAAGAAAGUUCGGCAAAUUGUCAGGUGGACACCUUCUCAGACAGUGACUUAAAGCAAGACUCUGGGCAUGAAGACCAGAGUUGCAAAGAGUUUAAUGUGACAGUCUCUUGCAAAGAAAAUGUUAAAAAAACUAUUAGUCCAGGGGAACUUGUGGGAUAUGGACAACCUUUGAGUCCAGGGGAGAUUAGGAUUCUUGAAAAUGUAGAUAAAUAUGCUGACACAACUUUACUUAAAGCUGACACUAGUCCAUUGAAAGAAAAUGCACUUAAAACAUAUCAAGUACAUGUGAAUGGCAACCACACUCACAAUACUGAUGUUAUUUGCCACAGGGUAGCAAUGGACAUUUUCUUAGACCAUCCUCUUCUAAACCAUAAAAAAGUAAAGCUCAAUAAAAUGCAAGCAAAGAAGAAGAAGAAAAAGAAAAAAAUAAAGGAUCUACUGCAGGGUAAAUGUGAAAAUCUCCAAACUCACAAAUUCAAAUCUCUUAAGGCUGAAAUCCAUAAUAAAUUGUAUCUAAGCAAAAAGCAAGCCAAACACAAGAAGGACAAGUCCGGAAAAAAAUCUGUAUGUAAGAAAACGGUGAUCAAAAAGAGGAAAAUGUCUGCGGCUUCACCAGCUUCUCCUGAAUUCCAGCUUGUCUGCACCAAUCUUAAUGAACUCAGGGAACUAAUUAAGAAAAUAGAUGGAGAGCUGAAAUGUAUGGAAAACAAUAAAAAGAAAUCGGGAAAGUGGCACUUCAGAAGACAAGGUGUGAAAGAGCUGCACAGCACCUUGACACGUCUGCUAAAUGAGCUGUUGCCAUGGGAACCAAAGCUACUAAAAGCGUUUCAGAAAAACCGGGCACGCCUCAGAAAGGAUUACGAUGAUUUCCUAAAACUGACAAAUUCUGAAAAUUUUACGAGGGAAUCUUGUAACCGUGAGGAAUGUGAUGAUAACAAAUCUUCAAAUUGUGUUUCUAAAACCUUUGUUCCUUGUCAGAUAGGAAUGCAGGAAAAAUGCUCUUCUGACAAGCUAGUGGAAUCAGAGGUUGACAUUUGUGGAAAAAGCAAGAUACCUAAGCAAGAAUGUUUUUCAAAAGAAUUGCCCGGAAGAAUUUGUAAGCGUCUAAACAGACGAAGCAGUUUUACAGAUGAAGAAAAUGACACAUUUCCACAAAAGAGAAUAAAAUUAAGCACUCGUGAAGUCACAAGUUCUUCCUCAGAAGACAGUACUUUUGGAAAAUGCUUAGAAGACCAGCAGCAAAUUGAACCAGAUGUUGCAGAAAUAAGUACUGAUGUCAUGUUUGGUUCACCACUGGAUGCUCUCAAAGGGACCAUGCCAAUACAGGCUUUACAAGCAAAAAGUCUUGGAAAUAAAGUGACCUUAACAAGCCAGCUUGCACAGUCUGUUAACAACCCUGUUUCUCAAAAUGUAGUCCCUGUUCAGUCUGUAUUGCCUUGUCAGACUUUAAAAACACCACUACAAAUGAUUUACAAGUUCCCAGAUGGACAAUGUGUCCCUGUUCUACAGAAUUCCCCUAUGAAGGUUCAGGUGCAACCUGUAUCAGAUGCUAAAACAGGAGAUAAACUUCCGCAACAGGUUCUGUUUCUGCCUAAAAACCUAUUUAUCCAGCAAAGAGAUAAGAAACCAUUGAGCGAUAGCUGCCACACCCAGCCAGAUGUAGCUGGCAAUGUUCCGUCAUCUAAUAUUGUAUCAAGCAUUUCUUCUGUAGGUUAUAUUACUGCAGAGAAAACAGCACAACUUCUCCCAGCUUUUAACAAAAGUACAGUACAUUCCACAAUGUUUUCUAAUCCUGUGGUUUCGCAACCAGCUGUAACAACUUUUGCUUCUAAUACAACAGUAUCAGCAAAUGAAACAAGUAAAAGUAGUGCUUCUAUUUUUUCAGCUAAUUUGCCAACAUCGGUGCCAUCUGUUAUGUCAACACAAGUUCAUUCUGGCUUUGAAGGUGUUAAAUCAAAUACAGGCAGUACUGUUAUGGCUGGCCACAUAGUAAAUGUAUCUAAUGCACCACAUGCAGAUAUAUUUGAAGGAAAACAGGAAUUAAAAACCAUAUGCAUUAGAGACUCCCAGUCAAUUCUUGUAAGAACAAGGGGUGGCAAUACUGGGCUUGUAAAAGUACAACCAAGCCAAGAGCAAGUUACUCCAGUAUCGAACUCCAUAUUUACUUUUACCCCACAGCUUCAGUCAUUCUUAGUUUCAAGAUCUAAAACAUCAGCUUCUACCAAUUCUAUUCCAUUAACUCAAUCUCUUGGCUUGCAGACUUCAUCAGUUUGUGGUGGCAGAAACAAUGUGACAGAAAUAAACACUAAGUCUUCACAAGUCCAGUAUCCAAGUUCAAGUAUAUGUAAAGCUACAGAUAGGUCCAUGAUGUCCUCUAACUUGGUCACUUCUGCUCAUCAUGGUAUUUGGCCCACAGUUUCCCAAGCUACAACUAAUGUUGCUACAAAUAUUCCUUCUUGCAAUAGCAUUGGACAGGGUAGUUGUACUACAAACAAGAAUACAGACCUAAAACUAACAGAAAGUAGUAUUUCUGUUGUUCAGCCUGACACUACUACACCUUUAAAGGGGGAUUUACUAAGUGGAUCCUCCCUCCAUAAGGUUUUACUUAUAACACCUCCUCCUAUUCUCCCAUCUGCAAGUGCUCCAAAAAUAAGUAUGUUAACAACAUCGGCAGUAACACCUCAAAAGUUUGUUUUUAUCAACAAUCAAGUUCCAACAAGUUCACAGAGCACAAAUGUUGUUGCACUACAGUCCUCAAAACCGGCUACUUCCACUACUAUAGGCAAAACAUAUGUCAAGCCUGUUGAGUCUCCUCAGAUAAUUUUAAUACCUUCGACUAUUACUUCACCAAUAAAAACAAGUUCUGCAUCUAUUGUGUCUCAAGUUAAGGAUGUAAAGAUUGGUUUAACUAUAGGACAAACUAUUGUCAAUUCCUCUAGUGCAAAAAAUAUUCUACCUAUUAAUAUUUUACAAAAUACGUUGGGCAAAGCAGGUGAAAAUACUUAUAAAGACUUUACAGUUCCUAGUGUAGAAAACGUUAACUUAAAAGGACACAAUGAACAAAUCAUGAGUUCAAACCUUAUAUGUGCUUCACCUAUAACAAAUGUAUCUACGCCAUGUACUGUAAUGGCAACAACAAAGCCAAUCUCAACUCAGUCUAGUGGAAUUAACGUUUUAGAGACCUCUUCAUCAAAGAGUUUGUGCCCUUCAAAUGUGGGAAGUACUGUUGCGCUAUCAACUGUGAAAACUGGGCAUCUUUCAUCAUCAGUUUUAUUGUCAACUACAAAAAUGACUGGACAUACAAAAUAUACAUUGUCAUCUUUGCAAAUACCUGUAAAAACCACUUGUCUUGGAGAGACUUCACACUUAAAAACUUCUAUGACUGGCACAUAUCAGCCAGUAACUAAUGAUUUCGCAGAAAAAAAACUGCAGGUCUCAGAAAAGUUGGCAAAAGUGCCCUCAGCAAAUGCUACCAAGACACAGGUGACAGCUACUUCUCUUUCAAUACCUACUUUAUGUAAAUCUAGUUCUAUGGACUCUUAUAAAGCUUUGCCACCAUUUAUACCAACUACUGUUACCCAGUUAAUGCCACAGUUGAAUAACUCCUGUACUCAUCAAAAACUGGUUAUUAAUACUAGCACACCAUUGGCACCUGGAACUCAGAUUACUAUUAAUGGUACACAUUUAAUUGUUCCUCCUCAAGGACUUGGGGUAGGAAAUCAUGUUCUGCUCCUAUCAUCAAAUACUAAACAAGGAGUUUCUUUAGUUGGCAGUACUGGGCAAGCAUGCCAAAGUCCUCUCCCGAAUAACACCACAGUGCAACAGCCUUCUUUAAGGCAAAACAUGGAAUCAGUACAGACUUCAGGACAAACUUUUAAGAAUAUUUACUGUGUUGCCACUUCUAAAAUGCCAUCUUCUGUACAGAGUGCAACUCAGUAUGUGAAUAUGACAUCUAAACUUGUGUCUCCAUGUCCUGUAUCUCAAUUUGAAAGAGUUUCUACAUGUCCUGCAUUAUCCACUGUACCUCAAAUUGUUCCAUGCUUACCACACGGCAGCUAUCCACAGCCAAGUAAUGUAAUGCAAUUGCCUAAAAGUAUACCAGUCAAGGAACAAGUUAAUUUAAGCGUGGGCAACUCCUCUACCAAUCCAGUAUCCACUUCAGUUGGGUCAGAGAACAACAUGGCAAACCCUGCCCUUUUUGUUUAUCAGUCUUCAGCACCAGAAAAGCAGCACUAUGUAGCAUCCUAAAUAAGAACAAUACAUAAUAAAGAGUUGGCUUUUGUGGCACUUAUUUCACGUUGAACAGACAAAAAGCUUUGUGAGAUGUUUCACAUGCUCUUCAUUGAGUAUAGUUUACACAGUUAUCUUGCGUUACUUGUUUUUUUUCUAGGUUCAUAUUAUUAGAGCAGAACAUGAAAUCUGCUUUGAGUGAAUAAGGAUUCACUUUGAUCAGCCAGUAUAGAUUACCAUUUAUAGCCUAGCUAUUUGCACUUCUAUUUUAAGAUCUUUGCAGUUUAUGUAGAGCAGUAUUUGUCUUUCUUCGUUUUCUUUUGGAAGGGGUGGGGGUCAUGGAUAUUUAUGUUCGCAGAAGGUUUUAGACUAAAUUGUAAAAUUGUACAUAUUCUUUACCGUUAACAUUCUUUACUAAAUAUUCUGUAAAAAGAACAUUGUCUUAUUUAUGUUUUGUUUACAUAAUGUAUAGUUUUUUAAGUAUUUUAGUAUUUUUCAGAAUAGUGUAAUGUUUAGCAUAAAUGCAGACUAUUCUGCAUGUAGGCAAUAAAAGUCAUGCAAUGAUUUUCACUGACUUAUUUCUUGAAAGCAAUUUUAUGUAAAAUGAUGUUUUAUCUUACCAGACGACAUUUAUAAAAGGCCCGACAGAGUACAUUACAAAUGUGGAAACUUGCUUUUGUAUUGACCGCUGAUCUCUAAAGGGGCGAACUCAUCAUUUAUGGUUAUUCUCAGUGCAGUAUUAGAACAAAAAAAGUUGCAGUAAUUUUAACAUGCCUGGGACAAAUUCAUUAAAUGUCGCACGACACUUGAUACAUUUGUUGCAGAGUCCUAUUGAUUUUAAUGGAAUUCUGCUGUGCCGUUCACAUAGCAGAACUUCUGCGCCAUAAACAUUUGGCACGGAAAUUCAAAUUCUGGUGUCCGCAGAAAGAAUUGACGUGUCUAUUCUUUUGCAGACUCCACAUAGAAAUGCAUUUCCGAGCGGUCCUAGUGCCGGCAUGUUUUGCCAGCACUCUUUGCCAGCGAUUUUCCGUGCGGACAUUCCCCCGUGUGAACAUAGUGUAACCACCAGCUGAACAUUUGUUUGGCUGACAUCUCUCCUAACUUCCC